ACGAGCCGGCAGCUGGUGCCCGCGCUGGGGUCCCUGGGCGCCAGGCAGAAGCACCAACUCCCCGACCUGCCGUACGACUAUGGCGCCCUGGAGCCUCACAUCAACGCCCAGAUCAUGCAGCUGCACCACAGCAAGCACCACGCGGCCUACGUGAACAACCUCAACGCCACGGAGGACAAGUACCGCGAGGCGCUGCAGAAGGGUGAUGUUACAGCUCAGGUAGCUCUUCAGCCUGCACUGAAGUUCAAUGGUGGAGGCCACAUCAAUCACAGCAUUUUCUGGACAAACCUGAGCCCUAAGGGUGGUGGAGAACCCAAAGGGGAAUUGCUGGACGUCAUCAAACGUGACUUUGGUUCCUUCGCCGCAUUUAAGGAGAAGUUGACUGCUGUUUCUGCUGGCGUUCAAGGCUCAGGUUGGGGUUGGCUUGGUUAUAAUAAGGAACAAGGACGCCUGCAGAUUGCUGCUUGUUCUAACCAGGACCCCCUUCAGGGGACAACAGGUCUUAUUCCACUGCUGGGGAUUGAUGUGUGGGAGCAUGCUUAUUACCUUCAGUAUAAAAAUGUCAGACCUGAUUAUCUAAAAGCUAUUUGGAAUGUAAUCAACUGGGAGAAUGUAGCUGAAAGAUACAUGGCUUGCAAAAAGUAAAUCGUCAGCAUUACACUGAGGACACCAAGCUCUUUCCGGUGUUUUUGUAGUAGUGCGGAGUACCUCAGUGUACCCGUAGCUGCUCCGUUGUAGCGUUUCUGAAUGUAGCUUAUUCAGGUAUUUGAUAAACACAAUUUAAUGCUAUGAGUAAUUUCUUGUUUUAAAGUUUUGUUAUUGGGCAUCUGUUUGAAGAUAUUAAAUGCUUUGUAUGAUUUAGUCUUUUGGUUGAACAUUUUCUUCAGAGAGCUAAAAUACCCAGGAGCUUAGAAAUGUCAUCAUAAAGCCAUCAGAAGUAUUGCAUCCCUGUACCAUUGGGGCCCCUAUGGAAGCCUUUCUGAUUCUGUUCUUCUGCAUUUAUAGGAAAUCUACACAUUUGCCCCUGUUGUUUAACAAUAAAAUAUUAAAGCUUUUCCCAAGGGAAAUACUUAGUUUUUCUAUUGAAAAUUGCUUGUUUUGCAAGUAAUCCUACGUCUAGUAUUAUUUCUGGUAGGCAUCACCCUGCGGUCUCUUAAUUAUUUGUGGUCACAUGUUGCACAAAGUUAACACCAUUUUGUCAUUAAAAAAUAUGUAUAAUGUGAUUGCCAA